AUGACGGAGACGCUGAGGCUUCAGCAGGUACAUCUUCUGUUCCCCUCACACUCUGGGCUCCUCGGGGAGGAGGGGCUGGAGCCCUGGCCCACCAUUAGCACAAUGAUCCUCAGGCUCCUUCUGGCUCUCAACUUCUUCCCCUCGAUUCAAGUAGCAGAAAACAAGAUUUUGGUGAAGCAGUUGCCCAUGCUUGUGGUGUACAACAAUGAGGUCAACCUGAGCUGCAAGUAUACCCACAACCUCUUCUCAAAGGAGUUCCGGGCAUCCCUUUAUAAGGGAGUAGACAGUGCCGUGGAAGUCUGUGUUGUGAAUGGAAAUUACUCCCAUCAGCCUCAGUUCUACUCAAGCACAGGAUUCGACUGUGAUGGGAAAUUGGGCAAUGAAACAGUGACAUUCUACCUUCGGAAGUUGUUUGUUAACCAAACAGAUAUUUACUUCUGCAAAAUCGAGGUCAUGUAUCCACCUCCUUACAUAGACAAUGAGAAGAGCAAUGGGACCAUUAUCCAUGUGAAAGAGAAACAUCUUUGUCCAGUGCAGCCGUCUCCUCAAUCUUCUAAGCCAUUUUGGGCACUGGUGGUGGUGUGUGGAGUCCUAGUUUUCUAUAGCUUGCUAGUAACAGUGGCUCUUUGUGCUUGCUGGAUGAAGAGUAGGAGGAACAGGAUCCUUCAGAGUGACUACAUGAACAUGACUCCCCGGAGACCGGGGCCCACCCGAAGGCACUACCAACCUUAUGCACCAGCGCGCGACUUUGCUGCAUACCGUUCCUGACAUGGACGCCUAUCCAGAUGCAAGCCGGCUGGCAGCUCUUCACCUGCCCAACACAACUGCUCUGGAUAGGAAAAACCUGCCUUGUCUUCAGCCGGCCACGGGCUCCUUCUACAGGCUCUUCUUAAGCCACUGAUGCCAAUUUUUCUUGAAUGACUAGACCAAAUAACAUUAUUUUUGAGACUCCGAAAUGAAGUUAAAGAAUAUUAUUGUGGCAGGCUCUAUCUUGUAGUGCCAUGACCCAAAUGCCAACUUACCACGUAUUUAUUGACUUAAGAGGUUAUAGUAGAAAAACAAACAAACAAAAUCCAUGGAUUCU